CUGCACUGUGAUAGACUCUUUGGCACAGUGGGGAAUGCUGGUGACCUGGUUGCCUCUGCUGGAAAGCCCUAGUGGCUUUUUGGACAGCUGGUCGUACCCUGACCCUGCUGGGGGAAGCUGACCAAGGUCAGAAAUGCCUCUGAUUAAUUCCAGCCAUGUUGCUGCCAUGAGCCCUAGAGACUCCAUCUUGGAUCUCAGAGGAUAAUGGAAGAUUCAUCUCCCUUUGGAAAGCUGGGAACCACAGAGCAAGCAAUAUGGACUGUCCUGCUCUGUUCCUGUGCCUUAGCUUCCCAGGGUUUCCUGGAACUCCCAGUCUUGCCUGUCCUUGACAACCACACUUCCACCCCCAGCUGCAGACUCACAUCCCCUUUGCUGAGCUGUCUCUCCACACUACUUCCUCCUGUUCCUGUGUUAGCUCAAGAGCGCCUCCCCCAACUCCACACUCAUUUUCAGCCCUCUCCCCUCACUGUCUAGGCAGAGGGAAAACAGUAGGCAAGUCCCUGAACCAGACCUGUGCUUGCCAGAUGUCAGGGCUGAGGAAAGUCCCAGGGCUUGGGAUCCAUGCUCUCUACUUCGGCAUUUAUUUUGAAAGAACUGAAGAUGGAUCGGGUAGAAUUGGACUUGACUCAAGAACACUCCCAGAGGAAGGAAGCUGCAGGGCAAAAGACAUUUGAGAACUUUGCUUUUAGAAAGAAAUCCUAUCAAAAUGUUACCUGUGGAGAUGGGGCAGGGCACGUCACCACACUGAAGGCUCUGAACCUGAGACACUGCCCCCUGGAAUUCCCUCCUCAGCUGAUCGUUCAGAAAGGCUUGGUAGCCAUCCUGACCUUCCUACGUAUCUGCUCAGUGGACAACUCUUUCCCUGGAGACGAGGCUGCUCAGGAAGUCUCAGUGGCUAAGAAGAUAAGCCUCAGUGACCUUCCAUACCCUGUGCCGGCUCUGCCCCAGGAGGUGUCUAGUGAAGGAGGCCUCAGUCUCCCAGUCUCACAGGCGGCUGUGAUAAAGCAAAAGGCUGACUUCUUCCCACCUGUCAAGAAACUGGACCCGAGUGAGCUCUGCAAGUCCAGUGACUCCUCUGAUCACUGGCCCAGUGAGGACGAGAUCAAGCACUUCUGGAAGCUGAGACAGGAGAUCGUGGAGAACGAGAAAGUGGAGGUUCUAGAGAAGAAACUCUUGGCUGUCGAGCUGCCUCCAAAUCUCAGGGCAGCACUGAACACCAAGGAGAGAGGGCACUGGAAGCCAGUGCCUGUGCUCAGAAGGAAGACCACCUCCUUCAAAGGCAUCUUUCCAGACCUCCCCUCAUCGUACCAAACCACAAUCCAAACAAAAAGGCUUGAGGACAGUCGUGUGGCCAUGCUCCAAGAGCUGCGGGAGAAACAUGCAAUGGAGCAGAGGAGGAGCUCUGUUGACAACCCAGCUGUGUCCUGCUCUGGGCCUCCCGCAGGCAGCCAGCAUGGACUGCAUCCACAGUGCCCCAGGGUCCCAAGCCUUCUGGUUGGAUUUGGCCAAUGGGGAGUCCCAGGGUCAAGUAUGGAGUUGGGGAAAGCAAGAGCAGACUCUCUGUGUCCUUGGACCCUCUGUGACUGCCUGGUCACAUCCCACAUGCUGCCCGUUGACUAACUUCUCUGGUUCAGUGCUACGUGCUGUUCCUUCCCUGUCCUGCCAGGAUCCUGGGGUCCUAGCCAUGCCAAGCACAGAUGCCUGUGCUCCCUGUA